AUGUGGAAGAAACUAGGGCUGCCGAAACCCAUCCCCUAUGACAGUGACGAUGAAGCGUGGGAUAACACUCCACCAGCCACCACCAGCACCGAAACGCCACCGGUUACUGAACCAGUGACCGAACGCACCGACUCACCGGCCGCUCAGACAUAUCGCCGGCAAAAGAAACGGCAAAGAACGCCGCCACCCACAUCCCCAAUAGCCCCGACGGUGAACCCUAAGGGCGAAACGCCACCAAAAGCCACCACUUCCUCCGGCCGCGGCCAGAAACGGCCAAGAACUCAGUUGCCACCUCCACCGCCGAGAUCAGAGUCAGAACCAGGAACCACCAUUGCCACACAUCCCGCAGGUCAUGAGGACGGCGAUGUACCCACUAAUGUGCCCAGCAAUAUGCCCACUAAUGCGCCCACUAAUACGCCCAGUGAUUUCACCAGCAAUGUGCCAAGCGCUAUGCCCAGCGAUGUGCCCACUGAUGCGCCCACGGACCUGCCAAGUGAUAUGCCCACUGAUGCGCCCAGCAAUGCGCCAAACGCUAGCGAUGUGCCCACUGAUGUGCCCACUGAUGCGCCCACAGACUUACCCAAUGACACACUCAGCGAUAUGCCUAGCAAUUUGCCCAGCGAUUUGCCCAGGCCAGCAUACCCAGAUCACAUCGUCAAAUCACUGACAUUCAACAAAAUUUCUGAGCGCACCAGGUUGCUUAAAGUUUCAUCCCUACCAUAUCACCCAGGAAAAUACAUCUGGGAUACUGGGUUGCUACCCAACUAUCUAGCAUCAUUCAGUAUAACAGGCCACUGA